GCAGGGGAGGCGCACGCGUCCCUCCUCCAAGUUUCCCGCGAAAAUGUUCGCGAGAGUUGGAACUUUGGUGCUAAUUCUCGCCUACAUUAACUUCGUGUCGAGUUUCGAUUCGAGAAACAUAGUGUUCGUUAUAGUAAGUCAACCGGAGCCGUACCACGCAAGCGUGGCUUCGCUCCUUAAACAGGAUAUAGAGGGCCAAAUAUUAGAAAUAGAUAAGAUACUGCCAAGAGUCCACCUCACGCACAUAGACUUCCCUUCGCCCGGCGCGUGGACCGUCAUCCCGCUACUGCGGCCCUUAGUAGCCCGGUACAAAGGCAGCGACGUGCGAUGGGUGCUGUUCGUGGAGCCUCAUACUGCUGUGAGGUGCAGCCAGCUGCUAGACGCUUUGGCUGCUGCAGACCAGCAAAAAGAAACCAUGUGGAUAGGCUACCCCCUGAGCGACGACGAGCCCACCAUCAUCCACCACUUCACGUUCUACGAGGACCUGGAGGAGGAAGGCGGCUUCGUGUACCCCAACUUUGCCAGCGGCUUUGCGAUGAGGAUGGAACUCAUUGAAGGGCUCCUCUACAAAGUAGAGAGCGGCGAAAGGAAACUGGAGGCCGACUUUUCAAUCGACCCCGCGUACGAGCUGGCCCAGCUGAUCUACGGCGGCGGGUCCGACCCCGGCCCGCUGUUGACCCCCGACCUGAGCUUCUGUAUUGUGUCGGGGGACAACUGCGCUACAUACCCACGGCAAUUUGACACAUGUGGCAGCGCCAUUCCGGAGGAGUCGGUAUUCUUCGCGGUGAAAACGUGGAGCGGAUUCCACGGCACCCGCGCGCGAGUGGUUAAGAAGACUUGGGGAAGAUACGUCACGCAUCUGCAGUUCUACAGCGAUAAGGAUGGUACUUCUUUUAGGCUCCUCUACAAAGUAGAGAGCGGCGAAAGGAAGUUAGAGGCCGACUUUUCAAUCGACCCCGCGUACGAGCUGGCCCAGCUGAUCUACGGCGGCGGGUCCGACCCGGGCCCGCUGUUGACCCCCGACCUGAGCUUCUGUAUUGUGUCGGGGGAUAACUGCGCGACGUACCCACGGCAAUUUGACACAUGUGUAAGUACGAAUACUUGCUUAAUUUAA